UAAUGGCCCUUUAUGUUGUGUGUAUCCUCCUCAUCCAAAGCUACAGGUGGGUCCACAGCACGCUUGUUCUCCAGUGCCAGUCAGCAGCCAGGGAGACACUGCAAACAUGAAAUACACUCUGAAAGAAUUGGUGCAGUAUUGGAGGCUUUACCUGUUAAUGUUAGUCUUGGGAAUUGGAGGAUCAUUUCAGUAUGGGAUCCAAGUUUCCAUCAUGGCAUCCCCGGCACAGCAUAUCCAAGGUUUUGUGAACCAAACAUGGCUGGGCCGGUAUGAGGUUCCAGUGGAGGAUUCCACCAACAUGCUCAUCUGGUCCUUCAUUGUGUCUGUGUUCAGCUUGGGUGGAUGGCUCGGAGCUAUCCACAGUGGCAGCCUUCCCGCUGUCCAUGGCAGGAAGAAAGCCCUGUUAUUUAACAAUGUGGUGGCCAUUGUAGCAGCUCUUGUUAUGGUCUUCAGUCCCAUGGCCAAGUCUUUUGAGAUGAUCCUGCUGGGCAGAUUUCUCUACGGAUACAAUGCUGGCCUUGGGCUGAGUGUAAACUUGAUGUAUUUGGGCGAGAGCUCUCCCAAGAAAAUGAGAGGAUUCAUGAGUCUCACUUGCUCCAUCUUCAUUGGACUUGGGAAGAUUUUAGGCCAAAUUUUAGGCAUCAGGGAGUUGUUAGGGAGAGAUGACAUGUGGCCAUUUCUGCUUGGCCUUUGUGGCCUGCCUGCUGUCCUUCAACUCCUGGCCCUGCCUUUCUUUCCUGAAGCACCUCGAUACCUCUAUAUUGACAAAGGUGACACUGAGGGCUGCAAAAGAGCCUUACAGUGGUUAUGGCAAGAGGAUGACCUGAAGCUUGAGUUAGAUGACAUGGAUAAGGAAAGAGAGAGCUCCCAGGGUCUGAAGACUAAGACAGUGCUGGAAGUGCUGCGAUCCCGCUGUGUAAGAUGGCAGAUGCUGGCUCUGGUUUUCCCUUGUGCUGGCGUUCAGUUCUGUGGAAUCAAUGCUCUGUAUUUCUAUUGUUUUGACAUUUUCCGUGAAGCUGGAGUCGCAGAGGAUAAAAUGCAGUACCUGUCCAUUGGCAUUGGGGCAACAGAGCUCAUUGCCGUCAGUUUCUGUUCCCUGUUGAUAGACCGUGCUGGCAGGAAGAAUCUGAUGGGUUAUGGGUACCUGUUGAUGGGGGCCAUCAUGUCUGUGCUUAUUGCCAUGCUGUAUUUCAAGGAUCUCUAUUUCUGGAUGCCGUAUAUAAACAUCACCCUUAUCUUCUCAGUCAUCUGUGUGUAUGGACUUGGGCCUUGUGGAGUGGCAAUGGCUCUUCCGGCUGACCUCUUCCUGCAGGCCUGGCGUCCCUCCGCUUAUGUGAUCAGCGGCACUGUCAACUGGCUGGGCCUGUUCCUCAUUGGCAUGUUAUUCCCCUACAUAGUGGAUGGGAUGGGAGAGUUCUGCUUCCUGAUCUUUGUGGUCUACUGCAUUUCCAGUGCAGCAUUCAUGCUAUAUUUCAUCCCAGAAACCACUAAGAAAACUGUUAUGGAGAUCACGGAAGACUUUAACAAACUGAACUACAAAAACAGGAAAUCUGACACAGAAAAUGCUAGCUUUGGUUUUGUAACAAAAUUCUGAAAAUGUGUAUAAUAAAAAAUUCUGAAAGCCCACAUCACACACCGUUUCAUUUGUAAUUUAAUUAGCUUUACCUUUGAGAUGCUUGUCCUUAACUGAUCUUAUAACUGAAUUUAAAAAUGAAGUCAGCAUGGUUUACUAUCA